AUGUCCGCAACUGGUACAUAUCGUGGUACUCCCAAAGACAAAGUCAGAGGCCAAAAUCCUUUCGAAGCUCUCCAAAGCCCCUCGGGCAUCCCCAGACCAAAGCUAGAAUCAGUCGCCAGCACCGCACCCAGCGACAUGUCGACCCUCAGUGCCAGCAGGGCUAAACAGUCCAAGAGGGAUGAGGCCAUCCGCCGCAAGAUCGAAACCGACCUCAACAAGAAGAGAGCCAAUCCUACCCGCGCCCGUCAGACUCGAAAGGCUGCCCCUGGUUCCGUGCUUGCCCUCAGACCUAGUCAGGCUCUCCAGAUCAAGCCGAACACUACCGUCGCAGAAGCUGCCCAGCUUAUGGCCGCCAAGCGUGAGGACUGCGUUCUUGUUACCGACGAUGAUGAUCGUAUUGCAGGUAUCUUUACCGCAAAGGAUCUCGCCUUCCGCGUUGUUGGAGAGGGCAUCAAAGCCAACAGCAUCACCAUUGCCGAAAUCAUGACCAAGAACCCCCUGUGCGCCAAAACAGACACUAGCGCAACUGAUGCUCUUGAUCUUAUGGUCCGCAAGGGCUUCCGUCACCUUCCUGUCAUGGACGAGAACCACGAUAUCUCUGGUAUUCUCGAUAUCACAAAAUGUUUCUACGACGCCAUGGAGAAGUUGGAACGCGCAUACAGCUCCUCGAGGAAGCUGUACGAUGCGCUCGAGGGUGUUCAGGCCGAAUUGGGUUCCAGCCAACCUCAGCAGAUUAUUCAAUAUGUGGAAGCCAUUCGUCACAAGAUGUCUGGUCCCACUCUCGAGUCUGUCUUGAACGGCAUGCCACCUGUCACCGUCUCUGUCCGCACCUCUGUCAAGGAGGCUGCGUCAUUGAUGAAGGCUAACCACACCACUGCUGUUCUGGUGACGGACCAGGGAUCCAUUACCGGAAUCUUCACCAGCAAGGAUGUCGUCCUGCGUGUCAUUGCUGCCGGUCUUGAUCCCAGCAACUGCAGUGUUGUCCGCGUUAUGACACCUCACCCAGACUUUGCACCUCUGGACAUGAGUAUUCAAUCUGCACUACGCAAGAUGCAUGAUGGUCACUACUUGAACUUGCCCGUCAUGAGUGCCGACGGCGAGAUUGUUGGCAUGGUCGAUGUCCUGAAGCUUACCUACGCCACUCUCGACCAGAUCAACAGCAUGUCAACUGGAGAUAGCGAGGGACCUGCCUGGAACAAAUUCUGGAUGUCUUUCGACAACGAGACCGAGUCUAUGAUGUCCGGCGAAGGCGGUAGCCGUCACCCACAAACAGAAGAUGGAAGAUCCCUUAUCUCACCAGAGAUGUCAAGGCCUGGCGUUGAUCGGGGUGAUAGUGUCAUGCCCACCGACUCAGCCUCUCACACUGGCGGUCGUGAUUCACCCGAUCCAUCGGCCUUUACUGGAGCACCCAACUCAUAUGAAGACGUUGCGUUCCCCUUCAAAUUCAAGGCACCGAGUGGCCGCGUGCACAGACUGCAGGUAGUGCCUUCAGCUGGCAUGAGCGAGCUGGUCAAUGUCGUGGCUGAGAAGCUGGGCAGCGAAGCUGAAUCUAUCGGUGGAGUGCCUACUUUCGAAGAUGGCAAACUCAGUCACACCGGAUUUGCUUUGAGUUAUCUUGAUAACGAAGGCGACACAGUCUCGAUAACAACAGACCGCGACCUGCUGGAUGCCAUCUCGCUCGCACAAUUGACCCACCAAGACAAGGUUGAUCUGUUCGUACAUGACCCCGAGAAGGCACCACUCCCAGCAACACUUGCCCCACAACCUUCAUUGGUGACUGCAACACCAUCCGAGAGCCAGGUCCGUGAGAGAAAGUCGACACGCAGCGAGUCAGACGAUGAGAGCGAAACCAUGAGGCCUCGUAGAAGAGAGCGUCAAGCAGCACCGGCAGCAGCACAAGAGCAACUGAUUGCCGGUCUGCCCAACGAGCUGCUUCUGCCUGGAGCGAUAGUAACGCUAGCUGUGGCCAUCAUUGGAGUGUUCGCCAUCUCAAGGAUGUCAAGCAAGUAA